AACACGCCCCCCAACCCAAAUUGACCGCAUUCCUGGCCUGUCCCUGCCCUUCUCCUUGCACUAAUCCACUUCCCCGAAACGGCAGGAGCGGAGCGGUUACCCUUUCCCAAGUUGUCGCGCCCGACCGCUCCGGCCGACGGCUGGGUCCCAUGCCCGCCAGGUUUUUAACGUACCAUCCCUCGCCGGAGAGGCCGGACGCCGGAAGACGAUUUGUACCUACCGCCUGCCUGCCGGACAGUAAACAGUAGCCGCGCUUGGUAAACCCCCGCCAACAACGACGAUGCACGCAGCGGGGGAGAGGAUGGGCUGCCUCGCAUCACCACCACCGCCCCAAUAACAACGACGACGGCACCAGCGCCAACCACCACUUUUCGAGGAAAGGCACAGGCAGCCAGAGGCCAGAGCCAGGCGCGCGGCACGGGGCAGGAACCCUGGCCCGUCCGACGAGACGACGAACCGGCCGCGGGCCUCGUGCCCGUGGUGGUGGAUAUCUGACUGACUGACGCCACCUGCGCGUAGCCGCGGGCGCUUUGCUUCCCUCCUCGUCGAGGCGUGCCGACGGGACGAUUUCUAUCCGCGGGGCGGCGCUGUGUCGACUGUCGACUCCAACUCCCAGGCCGGUCAAUGAGGGCGCGGAGAUGAGCGCCGGCGGCGGGGAGGAGGUGUUCUACGAGUCGCGGGACGGCGUGCUCUCCUCCUCCUGCUCCUCCGCCUCGGACGACGACGACGACGACAGCGACCACCCGCGACGGCGGCGGCGGGACGGGGCCGCCUCUACCGCCGCCGCAGCGGCGCUCGACGUGUGGACGUCCGAGCCGGCGCCCGUGCAGGAGCGGCGCCGGAAGCUGCUCCAGAUGCUGGGGCUCGCCGGGGACCCCGCCCUGGCGCGCCUCGAGAUGGGCCGAUCGGUCUCCUACGACGACGGGCCUGUGCCCGUCCGCCCGGCGCCGGCCUCGCCGCCCAUCUCCCGAUCCAGAUCAGACGGCGGCGCCGUGCCGGCCUCGGCGACCAAGCCGCCGCUGGGAGGGCGGUCGCCGGGCUCCUCCGAGGCCACGCCCGAAGGGGAGGAGGAGGAGGAGGAGGAGGCCGACCCGAGGUGUCUGAUCCGGAACCUCGACGACGGCAGCGAGUUCGUGGUCAAGGAAGGGUCCGAGCUCCGCGAGGUCGGCACGGGCCGGCAGCUCACCAUGGAGGAGUUCGUUGACCUCUGCGUCGGCCGCUCGCCUAUCGUCCAGGAGCUCAUGCGGCGGCGCGAGAACGUUGCGAGCUCCGGCUCGUCCACCCCCGUCCAGCGCUCCAACUCCGACUCCAGCAACGGAGCGACGCGCCACCGGCGGCGGCGGCGGCAUAGCAGCUGGCUUCGGGGCAUCCGGAACGUCGCCGGCUCCGUGGUGGCCAGCUCCCGCGACCGCCGCAGCAGCGACGACAAGGACACGUGCUCGGAGAAAGGCGGCCGCCGGUCCAGCUCGGCCACAGACGACAGCCAGGACAGCGCUGGAGCCGUGCGCCACGGCCCGGUGCGCGUUAAGGUGAGGCAGUAUGGGAAGUCGUACAAGGAGCUCAGUGGCCUGUUCAUGAACCAGGAGAUCCAGGCUCACGAUGGCUCCAUCUGGAGCAUCAGGUUUAGUCCAGAUGGCCGGUACCUCGCGAGUGCUGGGGAAGACUGCGUGAUCCAUGUCUGGGAAGUGUCAGAGUUCGAGAGGAAACGCGAGGAGAACGGAGCGUGCAAUCCUUUUGUUGCGAUGGUGUGCAACGGUUCGCCGGAGCCAACAUUAGCCGUGGCCAGCAGUGUGGAUGGGAGCAAUCGUGAGAAGAAGCGUCGGGCAAGGUUCUUGGAGGGUCGUAGGUCUGUGAGCUCAGACCGGCUAAUGCUGCCAGAGCAUGUGUUUGCGCUGUCAGAAAAACCGAUUCGGACCUUCAUGGGGCACUCAGAAGAUGUGCUUGAUCUCUGCUGGUCCAAAUCCCAGUACUUGCUUUCAUCUUCAAUGGAUAAAACGGUGAAGUUGUGGCACAUUUCGAGCACUUCCUGUCUGAAAACAUUCUCACACAGUGAUUAUGUGACUUGCAUCCAGUUCAACCCUGUUGAUGAUAGAUACUUCAUUAGUGGAUCACUAGAUGAAAAAGUCCGCAUAUGGAGCAUUCAAAACCGUGAAAUUGUUGAUUGGAAAGAUUUGCAUGAAAUGAUCACUGCUGCUUGCUAUACCCCAGAUGGACAGAGCGCACUAAUUGGUUCCCAUAAAGGCAGCUGCCAUAUUUAUGAUACAUCUGAUAAUAUGCUUCUCCAAAAGAAACAAAUUGACCUGCAAAAUAAGAAAAAGAAGUCCAGUCAGAAGAAAAUCACUGGAUUUCAGUUCCUCCCAGGGAGUACUUCAAAGGUCCUUAUCACAUCUGCAGAUUCAAGAAUCAGGGUUGUUGAUGGCCUUAAUCUUGUUCACAAGUACAAAGGUUUCCGAAACAGUAACAGCCAGAUUUCAGCCAGUUUAGCUGCAAAUGGGAGUUAUGUGAUCUCAGCAAGUGAGGAUUCCCACGUGUACAUAUGGAGAAUCGAUGAUAACCUUGAACAGGGCAGAAGCAAGGGGAAUGUUACUGUCACCAAUUCCUAUGAAUAUUUCCACUGCCAGGAUGUGACAGUUGCCGUUGCACUGCCAUCUAACGGCUCCCCAGUGGUAUCCAGAGCAAACUCGGCGAAGCACGAUGAGCGGGAUUCUGUAUCGGAGCAUUCUGCGCUGCAUGCUGCCCCUGAAAAACCGCAAGACUCUUCUGAUUUCCAGCCUCAAAGUGGCUAUACCAUAAGCACCGGUUCAAAUGACAGUGGUGAUAGAGCAACUUGGCCUGAAGAGCUCAUGACGCCAACAAAGCAGAGCCCUCGGUCUAGUGCCAGUCUUCCCAGUGGUGCUGAUCAAGCUCCAGGUCGGUCAGCCUGGGGGACCGUAAUUGUCACGGCCGGCCGUGGAGGUCAGAUCAGAACAUUUCAGAAUUUCGGGUUUCCUGCUCGAAUAUAGUAGCUCUGAGGCUGCUGCCUGGUCUUGGCGUCUGCCCUGCCGCAAGCCGCCGGGUGAUUUUUUGUGUAUAGAUAGGCGAAAGUUUGGGUGAUUUGCACAGCAGUCUGGGAUUGGAUUUUGUUGCUCCUAGGCGCACAUGCUUGCGAAUUUCAACUAACCUGGUACUCAAGGUACGGCGAGUUCGUUUGCCCGGAAUUGUAUAUGGGAAUGGAGCCCGGGAAGGACGAGGGGGCGUCGGCCGGUUGGAGCUAGAUCUUUUUUAGGAUCUUUUGACAGACAUCUUUUCAUCUGUUUCCUCCAUUGAGUCCAGUUUAGCUUUUUUUUUUGUACUUUAUGUUUUACUCGUCAUUAUAUAUUCUUGUAAGAAAUCCCAGUUCUACAGAAAUAGAAAAGCGAAAAGGAGUUGCAUAGAGUGGUGAAUUCGUUGUACUGGUAUAGCAGGCUUGAGAUGUUGGUAGUACAACUGGUAUAAUAAUUGAGCGGCUAGGAAAAUAUGGAGAGAGAAAAAAAAAUUGAGUUC